UCAUGUUUGAAUUGAACAGCAGGCUCCCAUCCACGGUCGACCUUUUCCUCUGGCGUUCUUAUCACUUGCACUUGGUAGUGCCCGCAGCCGACCAUUUUCACGGAAAACGAUUAGUUUUCUGUUUGCCGUCAUAUUUCUCGAACUGGUCAAGUCUACGAAAAACUUUUGACACUCGCAAUGGCCGCUUCCACCAGGAUUUUCUCACGAAUCGCAGUAUGCAAUUUGAUGGGCAUACGAUCAUCAUCAAAUACAGUUGACCCACGCAUCUAUGCUGAAACAAGAAAAAAUUUACUGCUCACAAAAGAUACUAAAGUAAUUUGUCAAGGAAUGACUGGUAAACAAGGAACGUUUCAUUCUACUCAGGCUAUAGAGUAUGGUACUCGUAUGGUUGGUGGUGUAUCUCCUGGUAAAGGUGGAAAAACUCAUUUAGGUCUACCAAUUUUCAACUCUGUCAAAGAAGCAAGAGAAGAAACUGGAGCAGAUGCUACAGUUAUUUAUGUGCCACCACCAGGUGCCGCAAAAGCAAUCUCAGAAGCUAUAGAUGCUGAGGUUCCCUUAAUUGUUUGUAUUACUGAAGGAAUUCCCCAGCAAGACAUGGUACGAGUGAAACAUAAAUUAAUCAGACAAAAUAAAUCUAGAUUGCUUGGACCUAAUUGUCCUGGAAUCAUUGCUCCAGAACAAUGUAAAAUUGGUAUUAUGCCUGGUCAUAUCCAUUUAAAAGGAUCUGUUGGUGUAGUUUCUCGGUCGGGUACACUUACUUAUGAAGCUGUUCAUCAAACAUCUCAAGUUGGUCUUGGACAAACACUAUGUGUUGGAAUUGGUGGUGAUCCAUUCAAUGGUACUGAUUUUAUAGAUUGCUUAGAAGUAUUUAUAAAAGAUCCAAAUACACAUGGUAUUAUUCUUAUUGGUGAGAUUGGAGGUCUACAAGAAGAAAUGGCCGCUGAAUAUUUGAUAGAACAUAAUUCUGGUCCUAAUGCCAAACCAGUUGUAUCGUUCAUUGCUGGUCUAACAGCUCCACCAGGCCGCAGAAUGGGUCAUGCAGGAGCAAUCAUAUCUGGUGGAAAAGGUGGAGCUCAAGAUAAAAUUAAUGCACUAGAAAAGGCCGGUGUAGUCGUUACUAGGAGUCCAGCUGCCAUGGGCAUUGAAUUAUCUAAAUUGAUGAAAUGAAUUCAAAAAUUGUUUGUUGGCUGUUAGUUUUAAAUUGAAAACUAUGGUGAUUUAGACUUAACAUAUUUUACUUUUGCAAUGGUUAGGUUAAAGUGGCUUUAAUUAGCAAAAAUGUAUUUGUCAUUUUUCCUAUUAAUUCGAAAUUCCAUUUUACCAUUUAAAUAGUAUUUUCAGUGGUCUUUUACAAACUUUAAAUAUAUUUCAUUAUAAAUGCUUUUGACUGUAUAAUCUAAAGAAUAAAUUUAUAAUCUGCACUAAAAAUAGGAGAACAACAGCACUAUAUGUUAGAUUAUUUUAUUUUAAAUAA